UCAUUUUCCCGGAAGGGAACCAAAAUAACAGCAGGGGAGUUGGAUCUCACCACAUGCAUCAGCUGGUAGUUCAGCUUAUAUCUAUAGCUGAGGUUUAAUCUUCGGGUCAUAGGAUGUCUUUUCCCUCGUCGUUUCCUGCGCAGGUCGCAGCCAUCAUGGACGUCUUGGCGAAGGCGGCGGUGGCAGAAAUCACGAAGCUGGUGGAAGACGGGAGUCUGGUCCUGCGCCUGGAGCUGAGUCGGAGGGAAGAUGAGAAUCAGGAGCUCCGAGCAAGUUUGAAGCUGAUAGAGGCUGAGCUCAAGAAAGCUCAAGAAGCUGCCGCUAGCACAGCUACAGAAGCCAAACAUACGCAGACUACAGCCGAGGAACUGGUGCUCCGAACGGACAAAAAGGAAGCUCAGGACAUGGUUGCAGUGUCUCUUCAACCAAAAACUGCCCAAAAUGUGACAGAAGAGAGCCAAAACAUCUGGCCAGUGGUGAAGCACGAGCCAGAGGAUGAACCUGCUAACAUCGAAACAGAAGACAACACGGCGAGAACAGGUGUUUGCUUCAAGGCAGAGCAGGAUGACUUGAUGUGGCCUGCUUGUAGCAUGUUUGAGAGUAACCCUGUGGCGUUGCAGCAGCACAUGCAGAUCCUCCCCUCUGACGCUGAUCAGUAUUCUCCUCAGAGCAACACAGAAAGUUCCUAUAAUUCUUUACUGUCUACCACAGAGGAAACUGCAGGCGCGCCAGUGAGAGCGGAGGUAGAGACGCACCCCGCGUGUAUGGGAGGCAUCGCUUUAGAGUCUGUUCAUAAUAAAGAGUUCAGAUGUAUUUCACCCCCUGCAGGCAGUCAGGGUGACUGCUUGCGAGCUGAGCCGUUACUCCCUCUGCCUCACGUGGAAACAGCCGCAGCAAUCUCAGCAAGUUCAAAUGCUGACGCUCCUAACCAGAGUAGAGAUGUCUUUAAAGCCAAAAGGGUGAUGAAGGUGUGCAGACCUAAUCAGAAAGUCUACGUCUGCUCUUUGUGCAACAAGAGUUUCUCGUGCCUGUUUCAAUUGGAGAAACACGUAGCCACCCACCAACCCUCCAAACGCUUCAGGUGCCUCGAGUGUGGGAAAUCUUUCACCCAGAAGACCCGGCUGAGGACGCACCAAAGCGUGCACACCGGGGAGAGGCCGUUUAGUUGCAAAAUCUGCGGUAAGAUGUUUUCGAGGCAGGACAACUGCCUCAGACACGAGCGGUUCCACAGCGGGCUGGAGCCGUACAGCUGCAGGCAGUGCGGUAAAAGCUUCACGGCGCUUGGUAACCUCAAAAUACAUGAAGAGAUCCACCUGCAAGGAAGAUAUUUUAUUGGACGUGGGACCCACCGAGCCGCUUCUCUGGCUUUAAAGUUCAGCCCUCCUUCACUCCUUGGUCGGUUCACGAUAAUGUUGAGCAGCGUUGCUCUGCGCUCCCAGAUCGCCUCCGUGAUUGAUGCCUUGUCCAAAGCAGCCGUGGCAGAAAUCGCCAAAGUUGUGGAGGAUGGCAUGGUGGUGCUGCGGCUGGAAAUGUGCCAGCGUGAAAACGAGAUCAAGAAGCUGAAGAGCAACAUCGAGCUCCUGCACGGCGAGCUGAGAGUAACCCAGCAGGCGGUGACCCUGAGACCCGACCACCACGGGAGAGAUGAAAGCCAGGGUGGUGCUGGUGAUGUGAAGAACUCUCUUGAAAAUGUGCAUGCUGAUGAUGGACCCGCCACUCUGUCUGUACCUGAAGUGAAGGUCAAAUGUGAACCUGUGGAGGAGGAAAAUCAACAGGCCAGCAGACAGUCCGACAAACCAGGAGAAGAGCUGCCUCUGUAUGAAAGUGGACAGUGGAGAUCGACGACACAAAAUGAGACUGGACAUAACAGCUCUCAUUAUUUACGUUUAGGACAGAACUCCCUGUCGUGUCUUCCCGAAUCGUCUUUGGACAGUGGGCUGGUCGUGUCCUGCAGCAGCUCUGGUGGAUUUCAGCAGAACCACUUUGGUCGUGGGUUACUGGGUUAUAGUCUGUACCGCAAUGCGUACAACACGGCACGGAGGAGGACGGUAAAGAGGCUGAUGUUUAAGAAAGGCUUUAUCUGUCCGUACUGCGGCAAAUGUUUCGAGCGCGCGGGGCAUCUCGAGCGGCAUAAAAGGAUUCACACUGGUGAGAAGCCAUACCGCUGCGAGAUAUGUGGGAGGCGGUUCAAUCAGAAAUGCAGCCUCAAGGAGCACACAAAGAUUCACAGAAGAUGUAUUCAGUCAGGACCUGUUGAGAUCCAAGUGGCUGAGCAGAAACUGAUUCCUGAGGUGAAUCCACCUAUUGAUGCGCAUCGCCCUGAAGAAGCGAUCGUUGAAGAUGCUCUACCUAAGAGUGAGGACAUUCUGCCAACACCUGUACAGGUUAAAUCUGAGCCUGCAGAGAAGACUAUCACACCACCACCGCUCUUUCACGGGGGAAACGAGCAGACAAGAGAAGGAGUUGAAACCCUCGGCGACACCUUCGCAGCGUUUGAGAGAGACAGCCAGCAGUGGAUGCCCAGACUACAAAACAACCCUGAGAUGGGCAGUACAGAAUUUCUUAGCAGCUCGGAGCAAAACAUGCCAUCGUUCCCCGGGAUGGCUCAGUUACUCUCUCCACCAGCUGAAGCUUCUUGUAGCACCUUCUCUUUCCCAGGAAAACCGUACGGCGAACUCAAAAACAGCAUGAUCUCCCAAACGCCCUUUGGAUCCUCAGACCCUCUUAUGAUCUCACAAGAAGGAGGCUUGCACGGUAUGACAGAGACCUUGAUGAAUCAUGUGCAUCAGAGGAGAAGCAGAUCUUUUCAGGUAAUCAAACCAAAGAAGUGCUUCAUCUGCUCGUACUGCGGCAAGAUCUUCGAGCGAGCCGGACACCUUGAAAGGCAUUUGCGAAUUCAUACCGGCGAGAAGCCGUACGGCUGCCACAUCUGUGGGAGGUGCUUCAAUCAGAAGAGUAGCCUCAAAGGCCACAUGAAGACACACAGAAAUGGAGAAAACCCAGAUGUGCUGGAGCCCCAGCACAUGAUGUUUACACUUCCUGAUAACCAACUGUUGCAGAACUUGGCAGAAUCUAAGAAUGGACUACCACCUUUUGAGGAACCCUUACCAGGCCCCACAUACGGUGAGACGGCCAUGGAGGAAACUGUUAUGGUAAAGCUGGAGCCUAAUGGAGAGAAUUUUCAGGCUGUAGGUCAGGUAGGCACUGAUAAUGGCACGGCAGCACCAGAUCAAAGUCAGCUGUGGACGUCUGGGCUUGAGAAGAGCAGCGAUGCCCCUGAACAAACUGUCUGUGUACUUCUACAAGAUGUCAAGUAUCACCUCAGUCCUGCUGCCGGAGCCGCGAGUGAGCAGCAGGGAUAUACGUCGCCGAUCAAGGAUCUGCCUUUUCUAGACAAAGAAAAUGAAGAAAUGAUGCUCAGUGACCAGUAUUCUGUCUUAGGCAUGCAACCCAGCAGCUCUGAUAUAACUCUCACACCUGAGCCACACAAUCAGCAUAUCAUACACAAGGUGGCUGUGAGUGAUUACAACACAGCGAAUGACCGGACUCCUGAAGUGAGUGUUUUUGGAUUUAACAUGAACUCGUCAACUGACCGUGAGGGAAACUGCGGCGAGGAGUCUGCCACGCAAAACUGCUUCAUAUGCUCGAACUGUGGCCAAAGCUUUGAUAGCUUCGAUAUAUUUCAGAGACACCAGUGUGAGAAAAUGACAGAGCAGCCUUUCAGUUGUGAGAUCUGUGGAAAGAGUUUUAACCAGAUGAGCAUCCUGAAACUGCAUCUUAAACUGCAUGUGGACUGAAAUAUACAAAAAUAUGUAAGCAUAGCACACAAGUACAGUUAUUUAUAUAAACACUUGUAGUAAAACUCUCAAAGGCUGAAUCUGAAGAACAAAAUCUUGAGGUAGUUUUUUUUUUUUUUUUUUUUUUU